UACGCUAUGUUCGCCUAGGGAAGUAGUCCCGGUCAGUUGGGGGUUUAUAUUUCGCCGGUGCUCAGCUGAUGGGCGCAUUGGUCCCUGCAACGUUCACCCAGUAGAACAUCUCAGACAGCAAUCCAAUCAUGUCUAAAGGAAAAGAUGUGGGUUCUGCCUUCAUCCAGACGCAGCAGCUGCACGCUGCCAUGGCUGACACCUUCCUGGAGCACAUGUGUCUUCUGGACAUCGACUCCGCCCCAGCCAAGUCUCGCAACACCGGAAUCAUCUGCACCAUCGGACCCGCCUCCAGAAAAGUGGAUAUGCUGAAGGAGAUGAUCAAAUCUGGGAUGAACAUUGCAAGAAUGAACUUCUCUCACGGAACUCAUGAGUACCAUGCUGAGACCAUCAAGAACGUCCGUGAGGCCACCGAGAGCUUCGGACAUGGAACCGUCGAGUACAGACCAGUGGCCAUCGCUCUUGACACCAAGGGACCUGAGAUCAGGACAGGACUGAUCAAGGGCAGCGGCGAAGCUGAGGUUGAGCUGAAGAAGGGAGGACACAUCAAGCUGACCCUGGACGACAAGUACAAGGAUAACUGCGAUGAGAAUCACCUGUGGCUGGACUACAAGAACAUCACCAAGAUCCUGAAGGUCGGAGCUCACGUCUACAUUGACGAUGGCCUCAUGUCCCUGAAGGUGAAGGAAGUCGGCUCUGACUUCCUGGACUGUGAGAUUGAGAACGGUGGUACUCUGGGCUCCAAGAAGGGUGUGAACCUGCCCGGUGCUGCUGUGGACCUGCCCGCUGUCUCUGAGAAGGACAUCCAGGAUCUGCAGUUCGGUGUGGAGCAGGGAGUGGACAUGGUCUUCGCCUCCUUCAUCCGUAAGGCAGCCGACGUGCACGCUGUCAGGAAGGUGCUGGGAGAGAAGGGCAAGGACAUCAAGAUCAUCUCCAAGCUGGAGAACCACGAGGGCGUGCGCAGAUUCGAUGAGAUCCUGGAGGCUAGCGAUGGCAUCAUGGUUGCCCGUGGUGACCUGGGUAUUGAGAUCCCCACAGAGAAGGUGUUCAUUGCCCAGAAGAUGAUGACCGGACGCUGCAACAGGAUGGGCAAGCCCAUCACCUGCGCCACACAGAUGCUGGAGAGUAUGAUUAAGAAGCCCCGCCCCACCCGUGCUGAGGGUUCCGAUGUCGCCAACGCCGUUCUGGACGGUAACGAUUGCAUCAUGCUGAGUGGUGAGACCGCCAAGGGAGACUACCCACUGGAGGCUGUCCGCACACAGCACAAGAUUGCUCGUGAGGCCGAGGCCGCCAUGUUCCACAGGCAGAUGUUCGAGGAGCUCUGUCGUACCUCCCACCUGACCCGUGACCCAUCUGAGUCCGUUGCCAUCGGCGCCGUUGAGGCGUCCUUCAAGUGCUGCGCCAGCGCCAUCAUUGUGCUCACCAAGUCUGGCAGAUCCGCCCACCUGCUGUCCAGGUACAGGCCCCGUGCCCCCAUCAUCGCUGUGACCCGCUGCGGCCAGACUGCCCGCCAGGCUCAUCUGUACCGUGGUAUCUACCCCGUGCUGUACACCAAGCCUGCCAACGAUGUCUGGGCCGAGGAUGUCGACCUCCGCAUAAACUUCGCCUUGGAGAUGGGAAAGCAUCGUCAGUUCUUCAAGUCUGGAGAUGUGGUCAUUGUUGUGACCGGCUGGCGUCCAGGCUCUGGUUACACCAACACCAUGCGCAUUGUGCUUGUCCCUUGAACUACCUCAAAUGACAUUACCACUCCCCCUUACCCCUCUCUUGUUCCUAUAACUCCUCCCCCUUACCCCUCUCUUGUUCCUAUAGCUCCUCCCCCUCACCCCUCUCCUGUUCCUAUAGCUCCUCCCCCUCACCCCUCUCCUGUUCCUAUAACCCCUCCCCCUUACCCCUCUCCUGUUCAUAUAACUCCUCCCCCUUACCUCUCUCCUGUCCCUAUAACUCCUCCCCCUUACCCCUCUCCUGUUCCUAUAACUCCUCCCCCUUACCUCUCUCCUGUCCCUAUAACCCCUCCCCCUUACCCCUCCCUGUAGUAAAAGCCAUCUAUCUUUCCUGUAUGAUUAUCUAGACUCCACCUUUUAAAGAAGACAACAAGUUAAAGCCAAAAUGAACCCAACACCAACACCAGGUUACUUCUCCAAAGGACUUUUGGGCGGUGCCAUUCACACACAGACAGUCACUUUCCAACACUCCUUAAUUCCUUGUUAUUGGUACAUAGGUGUGUCAUCUACGGUAUCUACUGUGUCCAAGUCAUCCUUCCAGAGGUUACACACCCCACUGAAAGCACACACACACACCUGCCUGACUGGGUUUGCAUGCUGAACAAUAUGAAGUAUAUGUUCUAUUAAACUGUAAUCACACGUCUCCAUGUCAGAGCCACUCGAUGUCAGUUGCUUCAUGGUACAGUACGUUGAUGUAGAUUAUGAAUAUAAUGGGGCUCCUGCUCUAUGUGGGUCUUCUCCUCACCUGGUAGACAGGUAAGACUCCACUGACAUGUUCAAGUUAAAGGUACGGUAAAGUCAUGCUGUUGCUGAGUGCUAAGGGAUCUGGCAUGACUGGGUUUCCAUCCAUCCAUCCAUUAAAAAGAUGAACACCUGA